AGGGGGCGUGGUAAUAUUUUCUGACCAGCUCCUGACUGUUGUUGCAACAACAACAAUCCUGACUGCGAUUUUGUAAUUUGUAUAACGUUUUUAUUUAAAAAAAAGGAAAAUUAAUAUUUUUUGACGUUUUGAGGGACAAGUUACUUUUGAAAUAGUUAAUGUGUUAGUCUGAAAAGGGGCCGUUUUUAUUUGAUGGAGAGUGAAGCGGAAGCUCUUCAAAAGAAGCACAACUUUUACUUGUGCAAACUUCGAGCCUUGGCAAAGCCUCUUUCACAGGAGAUUAGACAGCGGAUCAGUGAUGAGUUGCUGGCGAGAUUGGCCCAUUCUUUGCUCAACGAAACUGUCUUUGCCAUCGUCCACGGACUAAUGGAAAUCCAACAUGUGACCGAGGCGCAACUUGAGCAGCAGCGUAUGGCUGUAACUAAGCAGCUACGAUUUGAGAAGGCAAAAGUGGUGCAGGAAAGUAAAGGUCAGGCCGACCGGCAGCUGAAAGUAAAAAAUCUCGAGCAAUCUCAUUCAGAGGCUCUCCGCCAACAGGAUAUGAGCAUCCUCAACCAGUUUGAUCACAAAGUUGCCGAUCAGCAAUGCACCCUUGAGUUGGCUGGUGUCCCUGGUUUCUAUGUGACCACCAACCCUGUCGACAUCCAAGCGCAGAUGCAUUUACUUGACUUCAUCCUGCAACUAAGUGUGCUAAAACCAGACUAACUUAAUUGUUCAGGUUUUUAGAUACAAUAAGGAUAAGACUGACUGUGAAAUAAAUUUAAUUUCUAAUUA